UCCAUUAUUGCCCCCCACUUCCCCUCCUUUCCUUCCCACUCCCCCUCGCGCUUCGCCUCCCCACACUGCGUUCGCCGCGCGCCGCCACCGCCGCCGCAGAAACACGCCUCCGACGCGCGCUGCGCCUCUCGUCGCCAGGGGAGCUGCUCCUCUUCGCUUCCCUCGGGAUCGCGAAUUUCGGUGAUGGAACUGUGACUGUGACCAGCGCCGGGGACUUCGCUGAUCGUACUGGUGGAGUAGCUAUUCAUACUUGGUUUGGCACUUGGGCCUCUCUGAUUUGCAAGAAGUACCUACUGUUGCUGCUGCUAUAUUGUUUAGGUGUUAUGGCGAAGCAUCCACAUCCUGCUGUUGCAACAGCUACAGGGACAAAGAAGCGGAAAAAGCUUCAGAAUAUGAAAGUUGAUUUCACCGAGAAUGAAGAAAUGGUGACUGAACAUGAGGCUAAAACAGAGAGCAAGGGCACCAUUGAUGUUCCUAUUGUGUGCAAGAGACCAAAGAGGGCAGCUGCUCGUUCUAAUUUCAAAGAGAAGGAAUUGGACUUAUCUGAAAAAGAUUUAUUUAUCACAGUCAAGGAAAGUAGGGUGGAAGAAUGGGAAAUAGAUGCUGUCAGGUUGACAAAAACAGAACAUGAAGAUCGUCGACCUUCCAGAAAACUCAUUGAUUUCACCUUGCAUGAUGCAGAUGGUAAUGUGCAGCCCUUUGAAAUGUCUGAAGUUGAUGCUAUUUUCAUAACAGCUCUUGUCAUGCCCUUUGACAAUGGUCUGGAAAAGGAUAGAGAAAAGGGUAUACGCUGUUCAGGAUUUGGGCGAAUUAAGGACUGGAAAAUUUCUGGGUACAAUGAAGGUAUUGCUGUAAUUUGGGUUUCAACAGAAAUAGCUGAUUACAAAUGUGUGAAGCCGGCAAGCAGUUAUAGAUCCUAUUUUGAACACUUCAGUGAGAAGACUCGAGUCUGUGUUGAAGUUUACAGGAAGUUAGUUAAAUCAGUUGGUGGAAAUCCUCAGAUAGGCCUGGAAGAGUUGCUUUCUAGUGUUAUUCGUUCCAUUAAUUCAAGCAGAAAAUCUGGUGGGACAAUGAGCAAAGACUUUGUCAUCUCCAUUGGUGAGUUCAUAUACAACCAACUUGUUGUAUUAGAUAAUACACCAGCCAUCAAUGAUGAGAUAUUUGCCACACUUCCUGUUCUUAUUGCACUAAGAAAUGAAAGUAAGUCUAGAGUAGAAAUCAACAAGUUCUCUGCUAUCCCUUCAAGUGGAACUCUGAAGAUAAAGGAUGAGCUGUGUAAGGUAGUAGGCGAGGAUGAUGAGAAAUUAGCAAGACUGUUGCAGGAAGAGGAGGAAUGGAAGAUGAUGAAGCAGAGACGGAAACGUGGAACCUCACAGAAAAAUGUCUACAUCAAAAUUAGUGAAACUGAGAUUGCAAAUGACUAUCCAUUGCCAUCUUACUAUAAAUCAUAUAGUCAAGAAAUGGACGAGUACAUAUUUGAUAGUGACAUUGACAUGUUUUCUGGUGAUAUGCCCGUGAGAAUCCUUAACAACUGGGCUCUUUAUAAUUCAGAUUCCAGACUCAUUCCUUUGGAGCUCAUCCCUAUGAAAUCAGGAGCUGAAAAUGAUACAGUGAUCUUUGGAUCUGGUUUUAUGAGAGAAGAUGAUGGUAGUUGCUGUUCAACUGCUGAGUCAGCACAGUUAUCUUCUUCCUCAAGUAAAUCAUGCCAAGAAGAUCAGGGAAUUUCAAUUUAUCUGAGCCCAAUAAAGGAGUGGGUUAUUGAAUUUGGUGGUUCAAUGAUCUGCAUAACCAUUCGAACUGACGUGGCUUGGUACAAAUUACGCCAGCCAACAAAGCAAUAUGCUCCAUGGUGUGAGCCCGUGCUGAAAACAGCAAGGCUGGCUGUUAGCAUCAUCACCCUUUUAAAAGAACAAAGUCGUGCUUCAAAGCUUAGUUUCACCGAAGUGAUUAAAAAAGUAGCAGAAUUCGACAGUGGACACCCUGCAUUUAUAUCAUCAAGCACAACUGUUGUUGAAACAUAUGUUGUGGUACAUGGACAAAUUAUACUUCAGCAGUUUGCAGACUUUCCAGAUGAUUCUAUCCGACGGAGUGCUUUUGUCACAGGCCUCGUACUGAAGAUGGAAGAAAGGAGACAUACAAAGUUGGUAAUGAAGAAAAAAUCUCAAUCGAUGAGAGGAGAGAAUCUGAACCCAAGUGCAAAAAUGGGCCCAAUAUUAAGAAGGAAGCUUAUGCGUGCAACAACUACAAGAUUCAUCAGCAAGAUAUGGGGUGAUUAUUAUGCCGCACACUUCCCAGAAGAUACUAUGAUAGAUGGAAAUGAACAAAAGGAAAUUGAUGAGGAGCAAGAAGAAAAUGAAGAUGAUACUGAAGAGGAGGUUAUCGUUGAAAUUGAACAGCCUGUGAGGACCCCACCAUCAACACGGUCUAGAAGGUCACCAUCAAAGACUUGCAAAGAAGUUGACUGGAAAGGGGAAACUGCUGGAAAAACAGUGUCUGGGGAAGUUAUAUACAAAUGUGUUACAGUUCGAGGUCUUACUAUUCGUGUUGGUCAGUCAGUCACAUUGGAAGAUGAUUCAGGAGAAGCUAUCAUGUGCUUUACUGAGUACAUGUAUGAGAAACAUGAUGGUACGAAAAUGGUUCAUGGAAGAAUUCUGCAAAAAGGUUUUCAGACUAUCCUUGGCAAUGCUGCAAAUGAAAGGGAGGUUUUCUUGACUAAUGAUUGUCUAGAAUUCGAAGUAGGUGACAUCAAAGAAUUGGUGACUGUUAAUGUCCAAUUGGUGCCCUGGGGCUACAAAUACAGGAAAGAGAAUUCAGAAGUUAAUAGGAUUGAGAGGGCGAAGGCAGAGGAGAGGAAGAGGAAGGGUCUACCUGUCGAAUAUUUUUGCAAAAGCUUAUACUGGCCAGAGAAAGGUGGUUUCUUCUCUGUUCCUCAUGAUAAACUUGGCAUUGGAACUGGUGCCUGUAGCUCCUGUAAGGAGAGAAAACAAGUUGGUGAUGAAUUCAAGAUACUUUCAGAGGCCAGUUUUGUCUUCAAGAAUAUCAGAUACAAUGUCAAUGACUAUCUGUAUGUUAGGCCUGAAUUUUUCUCCCAAUGGGAGGGCCACGAGACCUACAAAGCUGGAAGAAACGUGGGCCUAAAGCCUUAUGCUGUAUGUCAUGUGUUGAGUAUCCAUGCUCCUGCUGGAUCUAAUAAAGCACAUCCAGAAUCGACAAAAGUCAAUGUAAGAAGGUUUUACAGGCCUGAUGACAUAUCAUCAACAAAAGCCUAUGCAUCAGAUAUCAGAGAGGUAUACUACAGUGAAGAUACCUUGACUGUACCAGUGGCCAUGAUUGAGGGAAAAUGUGAAGUUAGGAUUAAGGACGACCUUCCAAAUUCAGAUCUUCCAGUGGUGGCUGAGCACGUAUUUUACUGUGAACAUUUGUUCGAUCCUGCUACUGGGGCCCUGAAACAGCUUCCACACAAUGUUAAAAUAAUGUCACUGAUAAGGAGGGCACCUUCCACUUCAAAGAAGAAUAAAGGAAAGCAAAUUUGUGAGCAUGAGCUAGCUGGUUCAGACAAAAAUAAGGAUACGCUAUCAGAGAAUGCUCUUGCAACCCUUGAUAUUUUCGCUGGCUGCGGAGGUUUAUCUGAAGGAUUGCAGCUAGCUGGAGCAUCACAAACAAAGUGGGCAAUUGAAUAUGAAGAGCCUGCUGGGGAAGCAUUUGGUGAAAAUCAUCCAGAAGCAGCAGUAUUUGUGGAGAACUGCAAUGUGAUUUUGAAGGCAAUAAUGGAUAAGUGUGGUGAUGCUGAUGAUUGCAUAUCUACUUCUGAGGCUGCUGAACGAGCAUCAAAACUUUCUGAUGGGAAGACCAAGAAUCUGCCUGUGCCUGGCGAAGUAGACUUUAUCAAUGGUGGACCUCCAUGUCAGGGUUUUUCUGGAAUGAACAGAUUCAAUCAAAGUCCCUGGAGCAAGGUUCAGUGUGAGAUGAUCCUAGCAUUCCUCUCUUUUGCGGAAUAUUUCCGCCCUAGAUUCUUUCUCCUAGAAAAUGUCAGGAACUUCGUUUCGUUCAACAAAUGCCAGACCUUCAGACUAACACUUGCAUCACUCCUUGAGAUGGGAUACCAGGUUCGAUUUGGCAUUCUAGAGGCAGGUGCCUAUGGUGUCGCCCAGUCCAGGAAAAGGGCAUUCAUCUGGGCUGCCGCACCCGGGGAAAUCCUUCCGGAGUGGCCUGAACCAAUGCACGUCUUUGCUAGCCCUGAGCUGAAGAUAAACCUACCUGAUGGCAAAUACUACGCGGCUGUCAAGAGCACUGCCGCAGGGGCACCUUUCCGGUCAAUAACAGUUAGAGAUACAGUUGGGGAUCUCCCACCUGUGGAAAAUGGCGCCAGCAAGCCAACAAUACAGUAUGGGAGCGAGCCAGUGUCAUGGUUCCAGAAGAAGAUCAGGCGCAACACGAUGUCGUUGAAUGACCACAUCUCCAAGGAGAUGAACGAGCUGAAUCUCAUCAGGUGCAAGCACAUUCCAAAGAGACCUGGCUGUGACUGGCAUGACCUGCCAGAUGAGAAGGUGAAGCUGUCAACCGGGCAACUGGUGGACCUGAUACCCUGGUGCCUGCCCAACACAGCCAAAAGGCACAAUCAGUGGAAGGGGCUGUAUGGAAGGCUGGACUGGGACGGCAAUUUCCCCACCUCUGUGACCGAUCCCCAGCCUAUGGGCAAGGUCGGCAUGUGCUUCCACCCUGAGCAGGACAGGAUCAUCACAGUCCGUGAGUGUGCCAGGUCUCAGGGCUUCCCUGACAGCUACCGGUUCGCGGGCAACAUCCAGUGCAAGCACAGGCAGAUCGGGAAUGCCGUGCCGCCUCCGCUUGCCUACGCGCUCGGGAGGAAGCUCAAGGAAGCCAUCGACGCCAAGCGCUGAGCCGCUUGCAUGUGAUCGGCACUGGACUCUUCCAGCAUUUUGUGAACUGUAGACAGGCAUUUUGUACAUCUAACGGGAGGAGGGUGGUUAAGUGGUUAACACCAACAGGAUCAUAGCAUUGGUGUCGUAGCUUUUGUGGAUGGUGACUUAUCUCAGCGGGGUAUAAUCUCGUGUACUGCUAUGAAGGCAUGAACCAAUUGUAAAAUUUGUGAGACUAUCCGGGCAUCUUGUCAAGCAGGGAUGGCCAUCAUCAGCUUUACUUUCUGCAGUUCCAUAUGACCUCCACAAUUUAAGCUCA